AUGACAGACUUGUGGUUAAUUUCUGUCCCGCUGGAUAAGACCAGUUUAACCAGUGUCGAAAAACUCAAGCACACCAUUGCCAAAACCGGCCUGGCCUCCUGCUGCAAGUUCUCCAUUCCAGAUCUCAAGGUGGGAAUACUGGACAGUCUGCUGUGUGUGUCGGAUGACCUCUCCAGGCUUGACACGCUGACCGAAAGUGUGAUUAAAAAAACAUGUCAGUGUAUGAAGGAGGUGAUGGAGCAGGCCAGUGACAAAGUGCUGGAAAAUGCCUUAGCCAAUGGAGUGGACCUGAUGAGCUACGUGACAAAGUUUCAGUGGGACAAAGCCAAGUAUCCUCCAGCGCUGCCUCUCUCCAACCUGGUAGCCACCAUCGAUAAGGAAGUUUCCCAGGUGGAGUCGGAAUUAAAAUCCCGAGCUGCGGCGUACAACAGUGCGAAAGCAAGCUUGCACAGCCUCAAGCACAAACAAGAAGAGAGUUUGCAAACUCGGAGUCUCAAUGACAUAGUGAGAAAUGAAGACUUGGUGGUCUCAGAGUAUCUCACCACUCUAAUAGUUGUGGUGCCCAGAGGGAUCUUUGUGCAGUGGGAGAGGACCUAUGAAUCUUUGUCGCAGUUUGUGGUUCCACGGUCAAGCAGGAAACUCUUCGAGGAUGCAGAGGGAGGCGUUUUCUCUGUGACGCUUUUCAAAAGAGCUGUGUGUGAAUUCAAAGCCAAAGCCCACGAGAGCAAGUUCACCGUGCGGGAGUACAGCUCUGAUCUGGAAGAGAAGCAUCAGCUGGAAAUGAGGCAACUUCAUGUUCACAAGAAAGAACAAUACGGAAUCUUUGUGAACUGGCUGAAGGUGAAUUUCAGUGAAGUGUUUGUUGCCUGGAUUCAUUUGAAAGCGUUGAGGGUGUUCGUGGAAUCAGUUCUCAGGUAUGGAUUACCUGUGAACUAUCAGGCCCUUCUGCUGCAGACAGACAAGAAGCGCUCAAAGAAACUGAGAGAAGAGCUCACCUCACUGUUCAUGCAUCUGGACCCCACUGCCACUGUCAGCAAGAAAGAUGUGAGCUGUGAAAUCCCAGGAAUCUCUCAGCAGGAGUAUUUCUCCUACAUCUGCUUCCAUAUCCACACCAACAUGAUGGAAAUCAGCUAG